GCAUUGGCAGGCAGACCCUCAACCACUGCGCCACCAGGGAAGCCCUCACCUCCUACUUUUUAAAAUUUGAAGUCAACAACAUGAUCUCUCUUAACUCCCUCCCCACCCCUGAAGCCACUACACAUAGACUUAUCUAUAUAAACACUCAGCUUCACCUACCACUUGCCAAAUCCAGUGGUGUUUUUCAGGUCUUAUCUUUCUGGACCUUUCUGCUGCAUUAGACACUAGUGAUCACUCUCUCUUUCCUGAAACUCUACUCCCUUGGCUUUUGUGGCAUGAUUCUCUCUCAGUUCUCCACAUAACUUCUCCAGGCUUUCCUUUCCUGUUUCACGAAUUCCUCUUCCUCUGCCUGCCCCUUAAAGGUGGUGUUUGAGGAACCUUAUCCUCACACAUUGCUCUGUUCACUCAACAAACUCUUUCAUUUUAGGAAGACUCCUAAUCCUUUUCUGUGAGAUUUAGUAUUUGAGAAGAGCUCCGGCUGGCCGGGUGUCCCAGAUAUCCCACAGUCACUGCAGAUACUACAUACCAAAAUCAUUGUCACCGUCUUCUCUAUAAACCCGCUCCCCCUUCAGCAUUUUCUUCCUCAGCUGGCAGCACUGCAACCACGCAGUCACCUAGUUUAGUUGCCAGUAGCUCUUCCCGACUCUUUCUUGUCCUGAGUCAAAACAUCUAUUUAAUCACCAAAUCCACCUUUUUUGCCUAGUAUUUCUUGAACCAGUCCCAUCUUCUCAUCCUGACCAGCACUGUCCUUGUUCAUUUUCUUCUAUUUCCUUUCCUGGGCUAUUGCAACAGCCUCCUGACUGGUCUUCCUCCAUUUCUGAUCUUGUCAUUCUUGGACCUAUAGUCCAUGCCAGUCUCUGGAGUGACCUGUCAAAAACGCAAGUCUCAUCAUGUCCCACCUGCUUCAGACUUUGGUGGUUCCCCGUCACCAGCAGGGCUGACCAGGCCCUCCAAGGUUGCCGUCUCAAGCUUUAUCCCUCACCACUUCUGCGUUACCCUUUAUUUUCAUUAGGACUGAAGUGCUUGUAGGCCUCAGUAAACCCCAGGCCUCACCACGCCCAGGCUUCCUUAUGACUCCUGCUCAUUCUUUAAGGCUCAGUCCAGGCCUGUCAACAAGUCUUUCCAACCUCCCCACAAUACACCGGUCACUGCUCUGCCCUUGCACAUCAGCACUGUUACGUGAGCAUUUUCCCCAGUAGACUGUGACCUGGAGGGCUGGCACCAUAUCUGUUCAUAUUGGUCCCCUCAGAGCUCACAGUCUUGUGAGGGAGACAACCAUUCAUCAAAUAAUCAUGUAAAUGGUUAUAUAAUUAAAAUUGCCCUGGUACGUACCAGUCUAACAAGCACACAUUUUUUGAGUGCCUACUUUAUGCCAGGCUCUAUGUCAGACACUGGGAGAGCAUCAGUGAACAAAAAACAAAGGUUCUAUGUUUACAGAGCUCACAGUUUAUCCAGGAGGAUAGACACGAACAGGUAAUCAUAAAUCUAAAGGACAGUAAAUGUUAAAGAAGAGAACGUGCAGGUGCCCAUGAGCAGGGGAGCCAACCUACAUCUGAAGAAAGUGACAUGUAAACAUAGCCAGUCCUCCGAAGCCUUGGAGUUCAUGAAGCGGGACCUGACAGAGUUCACCCAGGUGGUGCAGCACGACACAGCCUGCACCAUUGCAGCCACUGCCAGCGUGGUCAAGGAGAAGCUGGCUACUGAAGGCUCCUCGGGAGCAACGGAAAAAAUGAAGAAAGGGCUGUCUGACUUCCUAGGGGUGAUCUCCGACACCUUUGCACCCUCACCAGACAAAACCAUCGACUGCGAUGUCAUUACCCUGAUGGGCACACCCUCUGGCACGGCUGAGCCCUAUGAUGGCACCAAGGCUCGCCUUUAUAGCCUGCAGUCAGACCCAGCAACCUACUGCAAUGAACCAGAUGGGCCCCCGGAGUUGUUUGACACCUGGCUUUCCCAGUUCUGCUUGGAGGAGAAGAAGGGGGAGAUCUCAGAGCUCCUUGUAGGCAGCCCCUCCAUCCGGGCCCUCUACACCAAGAUGGUGCCUGCAGCUGUUUCCCAUUCAGAAUUCUGGCAUCGGUAUUUCUAUAAAGUCCAUCAACUAGAGCAGGAGCAGGCCCGGAGGGAUGCCCUGAAGCAGCGUGCAGAACAGAGCAUCUCUGAAGAGCCUGGCUGGGAGGAGGAAGAAGAGGAGCUUGUGGGCAUUUCACCCACAUCUCCAAAAGAGGCCAAGUUUCCUGUGGCCAAAACUCCCACAUCCCUUGAAGGAGGACCUGGCCCCCAGAGCCCCUGUGCAGAGAGUCUGGUGACCCCGGUUGAGGCUCCAACAGAGGUGACUCCAUCGGAGAGCAGUGAGAGCAUCUCCCUCGUGACACAGAUUGCCAAACCUACCCCUGCAUCUGAGGCACCAGUGCUGCCCAAGGACCUGUCCCAAAAGCUUCUAGAGGCAUCUUUGGAGGAACAGCACCUGGCUGUGGAUGUGGGCGAGACUGGACCCCCACCCCUAGCUCAGUCCAAGCCCCACACCCCUGCUGGCCGCCCCAGCGGUCCAGAGCCCCGGCCUCCAGCCAGAGUAGAGACUCUCAGGGAGGAGGUACUCACAGACUUACGGGUGUUUGAGCUGAAUUCAGACAGCGGGAAGUCUACACCCUCCAACAAUGGAAAAAAAGGGUCUGCCCUAGCAUUUAAGCCUGAAGAGGAGAGUUUCAAAUCCCUGGAGGGCAACCUGGGGUUAGGAAAAGCUGUCAUGACCACAGACAGCCACAGCUCUGGAGGGAGAAAUCAGCCGGGAGUCCAGCUUCUAACCCACAGGAAGCCUGCACUGACAGGGAGCCAGACGCAAGCCACCAAGAGUGUCCUGAAAGCACAGGGAGCCUUAGAUGUGGAGUCAGAAGAACUGGGUCUUGGUUGCACAUCUGCCCCUGACUGGCUGUGGGACCAUGUGCAAAAUUACUUAACUCUGGGACCAGGCCUUUAACAGCUCCAUUUGUUAAAUAUCCACCGUGUAUAUAUGUUAGGCACUUUACAUGAUACUGCUAAUUUUAACACUGUUGUAUCUCAACUGCAGGCCAAGGUCUAUACAGAAUCAUCUAGGUACCUGUUUAUAAUGCAGAAUUCUGGGUCACCACCUACACCUGCUGAAUCUGAAUGAGGGGGAUGGGAAAGCAGGAAUCUGCGUUCUAAUAAGCUCCUCCAGUGGUUCUUUGCAAAGAGGGUGGUUUUAUCCUUACUUUAUAAAUAAACUGAAGCCCAGAAUAACUUGCCCAAGACUACACAAUAGAUAAAAGAGUUAGGGUUCCACCCAGGUUUGCUUGGCUCCAGAGACCCUGCUGUUACCACACCACUUAUGGCUAGCUGGGUGACUAGAGAACAGUGCAAGAACCCUAAUAAGGAACGCGGAGGCCAGGCUUGGGGAGGUCUCAGAGCCUGGGUGCAUGGUGAGGAAGAAGCUGGACAGGAAGAAACAAGGUAUUUACAGGUGGUGUCAUUGGGGGAUCAGAGCUUACUCUUUUUAAAGGUGCUUUUUAAAAAAAUGAUUACAAAGUAAUAUGUGUUCAUUUAAAAAAAUAUAUUACCCCAUGACCUCAUCACCUAGUGAUAACUAUUGUUAGUAUUCUUGUGGGUAUUUUGCUUAUUCUCUCUGUAUGUGUGCAUGCAUCUGUGAGCGUAUUUUUUUUUAAUGGAAUCAUACUGCAUAUACUCUUUUUUACAGGAACGAUUUUUGUAGUUUUCUUCUUACUAAUAACUUUCACAUGUACAUUUUUUUUAUAUUGCCGGUAAGAAAGCAUACCCAAAUAUGAAUGUUUGGAGCAGUUGUCAAACCUUAGCAGGCAUCAGAAUUACCUAGAACAGGGAGGAGUAAAUGUUUUCUGCACAGAGCCAGGUCACAAAUAUUUUAGGCUUUUGGGGACAUACAGUUUCUGUCCCAACUCUGUCGUUUCAGCAUGAAAGCAGUCAUAGACAAUAUGUCAACAAGUGGCCAUGGCUGUGUUCCAAAAUUUUAUUUCGAAAGCAGACAGUAGGCUGGAUUUGGUCCACAGGCCCUAGUUUGCCAACCCCUGAUUUAGAGAAAGAGUCCACGAAUAUUUACUGAGUACAAACUAUUUGUUCUAGUCACUUGGAAUACAUAAGAAAACAGAAGAUCCCCGUCCUCGGGAGCUCACAUUCCAGCUCCUCUACUAUUAGACAAUGAGCAUAGUGAAUCUGAUUAUGUAAUACACUAGAAAGUGGUAAAUACAAUAGAAAAAAGAACAACCAGAGCAGAGUGAGGGGUCAGGGUGCAACUGAAAAUAGGACAGUCGGGGUAGGCCACAUUUAGGUGGUGAGAUUUGAGUAAAGGUGUGAAGGAAGCGAGCGAGUUGGCCUGUGGGUAUCUGAGGAAGAGUUCCAGGUACAGGGAACAGUCCUUGCAAAGGCCCUAGGUGGGAAUGUGCCUGGUGUGUUUCAGGAGUAGCAGGAUCAGUGUAGGUAGAAUGGAGUGAUUGAGGAGGAAGAGGUUCAUUGUUUAUUUCUUCCGGAAGAUUUCCAUGGCCCCUAGGGAGCUUCUGGACCACAGUACUUCUCCACUAUUCAGUAACUUGCUUUUUCUCACUUAAUAGUUUAAGACUAUUUUGCCAUGUAUAUAAAUGUUCUAUAGCCUAACCUUUAAAAGCCACAUAAUGUUCCAUCAUAUGACUAUACCGUUUAUUUUUGUAAUUCCCUAUCAGUGAACUUUCAGGUAGUUUUUUAAGUUUUCAUCACUGUAACAGCACUACAGUGAACAUCCUUUUGGUUAAAUUUUUUUACUGAAU